AUGUCCCACAGCCACAACAACUACCACCCAGUCGCCUCAGCAGACAAAGUCCCUACCAUACACACAAUCCAGCCCAUGAAACGCUCGACUUCCUACUCUCCCACCCAAGAGAGUGACGAAGAGUACAAGCAACACGUCAAGAAAGACAGCGCGAGCAGCACAGUAGCCUGUGGCAACGACCAUAAAGUGAAAGCCGCGCUGACAGAGCUUCUCAACGACGACGGAGUGAGAUGCAAUGCGCGCGGAAGCAGAUCGGUGCAGAACUUGCUGAUGGAUACGGAGAAGGCGCUGAGGAAGCAGCGCAGGGAGUCGCUUUCGGGACGGGCUUCGAUUUCGGUGGCGAAGUGA